CGGCUUGCUGAGCGCGGUCGCCCUCACUCGGGUCAGCUACUAGGAAGGCGACUGCGUGAUGCGCCAACUUCUGUCGUAAACAGGACACCAUACCGCUGGAUUCUACUGCUUACUGAAGGUUACCGACGGAAGAUUUUGUGAAGAGGCGAGAGCGGUGUGGAAAACAAAACGGUGCUGAGCAACGGUACCGCCUAACAUGGCCGACACCAAGGGAAAAGUUCAGACAGUGCUGGGUCCGUUGGAUCCGUCGCAGAUGGGGGUGACCAUGAUGCAUGAGCACUUACACCUUGACUUCAACGUUGCCUUCAUCCCACCUGGAGGAAAAGACAGGGGGAAGGAAGACUGUGAUUUUGUCCUGGAAAAUGCCGGAUGGAUACGACAAAAUCCCUACCACCACCUGUCCAACAUCAACUUCUGCGACGGCGCGGUGAACGAGAGCAUCACCGGCGAGCUGACCACGUACGCGGCCAACGGCGGCGGCACGAUCGUGGAGCUGACCAACUACGGCAUCGACAGGAACGCCGCCCUGCUGGCCCAGUACAGCAGCGCGACGGGCGUCAACAUCGUCUGCGGCACGGGGUACUAUGUGUACCCCUCACAAAAGGAGGCUGACCGUUCGCUGACCGUGGAGGAGAUGACCGCACGCGCCGUUCAGGACGUCGCCGAGGGAUGCCCCGAGGCGCCGCACGUCAAGGCCGGUGUCAUCGGCGAGGUCGGUUCCAACUGGCCCAUUCAUGCGUUCGAGCGCCGCGCCAUCGAGGCGGCCGCGCUGGCCCAGCAGGCCACCGGAGCUCCAGUCAACUUCCACCCGGGCCGGCACGAGCAGGCGCCGGCGGAGGUCAUCCGACUCUUCCAGGAGGCCGGUGGCGACGCCUCCAGGUGCAUCAUGUCACACCUGGACCGAACCAUCGAGACAGCUGCCGGUUUGGCGGAGUUUGGCCAGCUCGGCACCUUCCUGGAGUUUGACCUGUUCGGCAUCGAAGUCAGCCACUACAUGAUGGCUCCCCACGUGGACAUGCCGUCCGACGCGCAACGCAUCCGCCGGAUCAAGGAUCUGGUGGACGCCGGCUUUGAUGACAAGAUCGUCAUAAGUCAUGACAUUCACACCAAGCAUAGACUGACUCGUUUCGGCGGGCACGGAUUUUCUCACAUCCUGGACAACGUCGUGCCGAUGAUGAAGACUCGCGGUUUCUCGGAGGAAACCAUUAACAAGAUACUGGUCGGCAAUCCACAGCAGGCCAUCACCUUCCAGCGCUGAUAUGGAGAGCGAAGAGCUAUGCUGCUUGGCAGCCACCCUGCUAAAACCUACGCUUUUGGGAUGCAGUACGCAAUACGGUCUCGCUAAUAGGUGGGCAAAGGCCAGUAAUCUCAUUCUUUUUUGUAACUGUCGCAGGUUGACAAAUACACUAAGGAGGGCUUCA